ACGCGGUUUCGACAAAAGUACGACGCCGGGGAGAUACCGGCGCGCGUGGCGCACGGAACCGGCGCGAACGCGAUCGCGUGGCGCGUCGAUCCGAGCGCGCUCGACGCGAGCGCGUACUUGCCGUUGUUUAUCGAUGGGUUAAAGGAGACGAAGCAUCCGUAUCGCUUGCUCGCGGUGCGAGGCGGGAUCGAGUUGACGCGCGCGUGCGGCGAACGCGCGUUGCUCGACGCCUUGCCACGGUCAGUCUUGCCGAUGAAAGAAGCGCUCGGAACGGGCGACAUGGCCGUGACCGCCGUCGCGCUCGAGCUCUUGCGAGAGUUCGUCAAGGUAUCGCCGUCGAUCGGUGAGGCUUUGGUACCGUAUUACAGAAAUCUGCUCCCGGCGUUGAACGCGUUGAAAGACGUCUCCGACGUCUACGUCUCUCUCGUCAACUUAACCGACUGUCGCUCCUGGCGCGAGCCUCACCGUCGUUCCCGCCGCAACAUCGGCUCUCUCGUUCGCGCCACUCUUCGCGCGCUCGAGCGUCGCGGCGGCGCCGACGCUCUGGUGAACAUCAAGUACCAAAUUCCCACGUAUCAGAGCUGC